AUGAAUGACGUUCCCGACUUCUGGAGUAGGUUGCGUCUUGCUGGUUGUCCACUUGGGACGGCGUUCAAUUUACCUCUGGGAAAGGAAACUAACUUUUUCGGUCAUGUGGUUUCAUCGGAGGGGAUAAAACCUAACCCUGAAAAAAUAAAAGCUAUACAAAAUUUCCCUGUACCGAAAAAUCCUAAACAAAUUAAAUCCUUUCUUGGCCUUAGUGGGUAUUACAGAAAAUUUAUUCCCAAUUAUGCGAAACACGCAAAACCUUUGACGUUAUUAUUAAAAAAGAAUGAACCUUUUAAUUGGAAUAACGACUGUCAAGAUUCAUUUAAAAAAUUAAAAGAUUGUCUUUCAACACCACCAAUCUUACAAUACCCAAAUUUCAAUGAGUCUUUCAUUUUAACUACAGACGCCUCUAAAUUUGCGAUAGGUGCUAUACUUUCCCAGGGACCAUUAAAAAAGGAUUUACCUAUAGCUUAUGCUUCGAGGACUCUGAAUCCAGCAGAAACCCGGUAUAGUACAAUCGAACGUGAAUUGCUUGCCAUUGUUUGGGCGGUUAAACACUUUCGUCCAUAUUUAUACGGGAAAAAUUUUACUGUAAUUACGGACCAUCAACCACUAAAAUGACUUUUUUCCGUAAAAGAUGAUAGUUCGCGACUAGUGCGUUGGCGUCUUAAACUCGAAGAGUAUGAAUACGAGGUAUUAUAUAAGCCAGAUAAAACCAACACAAACGCCGAUGCGCUUUCUCGAAUUUAUGUCACUGAAGGUAAAAAACAAUUAAGCGAAAAUAUAAAUGACAAUAGUCUUGAGCAAAUGAUGAGCCCUAGUACGGAAGAACAACUAAUAGCAGAGUUAGGUGAAUAUGUUUCUGUAGCGUUCGAUAACAAUGACACUGUAAAUCAGUCGGAAUUUUUAAGAAAGGAAACUAACUUUUUCGGUCAUGUGGUUUCAUCGGAGGGGAUAAAACCUAACCCUGAAAAAAUAAAAGCUAUACAAAAUUUCCCUGUACCGAAAAAUCCUAAACAAAUUAAAUCCUUUCUUGGCCUUAGUGGGUAUUACAGAAAAUUUAUUCCCAAUUAUGCGAAACACGCAAAACCUUUGACGUUAUUAUUAAAAAAGAAUGAACCUUUUAAUUGGAAUAACGACUGUCAAGAUUCAUUUAAAAAAUUAAAAGAUUGUCUUUCAACACCACCAAUCUUACAAUACCCAAAUUUCAAUGAGUCUUUCAUUUUAACUACAGACGCCUCUAAAUUUGCGAUAGGUGCUAUACUUUCCCAGGGACCAUUAAAAAAGGAUUUACCUAUAGCUUAUGCUUCGAGGACUCUGAAUCCAGCAGAAACCCGGUAUAGUACAAUCGAACGUGAAUUGCUUGCCAUUGUUUGGGCGGUUAAACACUUUCGUCCAUAUUUAUACGGGAAAAAUUUUACUGUAAUUACGGACCAUCAACCACUAAAAUGACUUUUUUCCGUAAAAGAUGAUAGUUCGCGACUAGUGCGUUGGCGUCUUAAACUCGAAGAGUAUGAAUACGAGGUAUUAUAUAAGCCAGAUAAAACCAACACAAACGCCGAUGCGCUUUCUCGAAUUUAUGUCACUGAAGGUAAAAAACAAUUAAGCGAAAAUAUAAAUGACAAUAGUCUUGAGCAAAUGAUGAGCCCUAGUACGGAAGAACAACUAAUAGCAGAGUUAGGUGAAUAUGUUUCUGUAGCGUUCGAUAACAAUGACACUGUAAAUCAGCAAGAGGUUCCUGCUGAAGCAAUGGCGAUGAAUGGAAUGGCAGAUACGCAGAGAGUGACUCGGAUGUAG